AACUAAAAUUACCUAAGCUUCAAUUCAAACUGCACGAAUAAGGUUGUGUGUUCGAGCAUAUAAGAUAUAACUUAGGUUCCCACGUGCUUGAAUAUAUUUAUUUUGGUAUAAAAUAAAACAUCACAGAUGAGUAUCAAGUCUACUUCGCCUCCUGCAUUAAGCAACGCAAAGAUGCAAGUUCGUUCACCACUAGCAACAGAAGAAAUGGCUCCUUAUUUUGUAGACAAGAAAAAUUAUCAGAAAGAGUCUGCAAACAAAACAGAUAAAGGCGGCAUGGCAGGUCUGGUUAAGGGCAUCAAAGCGCUGCUGGGGGACGUUGAGACGGCGCCCUUCACAGUCACGGCGGAGAAGGAGGGGUACGAGGAGCGAGUGUACCCUGCACGUAAAUGGGCUUGCACCACCAUGCAGGGGCCGGAGCGUGAUAGUCUCGUAUCGCCCAUGUUUCGUAAACUCUUCAACUACAUCUCCGGCAAGAACGAACUCAACCUUCGCAUGGACAUGACGACGCCCGUGGCGACAUACAUCGAGCCUGGCGCCGGCCCCACAUGUGCCUCCACCUUCACCAUGAGCUUCUUCGUGCCAGAGGAGCACCAGAGCAGCCCCCCCAACGGAGGUCCUGACGUCUUCGUGCAGGAGCGGCCUGAGCUCACCGUCCUCACCAGGCGAUUCGGUGGCUACGCCCCUGACGAAGCCGUGGCCAAGGAAGCCAAAGAACUGGCCGAGCUUCUCCAGGCGGCGGGGGAAACGGACGUGGACUUCACUCAUUACUACGUGGUUGGCUACGAUCCACCUUUUAAACCCAUAAACCGCAGAAACGAAAUAUGGUUCAUUAAAAAGUCUAAACCUGCCAGUCCUUCAGAGUGAAGAUUUGAUUGAAUUGUACCAUCAGUGCGUUCAACAGAGUUGCCAUAGAGAUGGCUGAGGGUGACCGUCAAUAAAUUUUUGUCUCCUUUUCAGAGAUUAUAUAUGGCAUCACGUCAUUGGUUAGGCUGGUUUACGAUUUUUUUGCUCACUCGUAUUAACGCAAAGAUUGCACAUUGAAAAUUAAGCUCAGCAAAAAAUGCUCUGGUCUGAUACUGUGGACACCCAGAGACGACUGAUACUACACGCAUACAGAGACAACUGAUACUACUGGUACACAGGGACUACUGAUACUGGAGGCAUACAGAGACCACCGAUAAUACAGGCAUACUGAGAUCAAUGAUACUAUUUUACCGAGAAAAACUGCUGGUUUGUUCUCCUGAUACUUAAGUGAGAAGAAUUCCAGAAAUCCUGAUAUGCAUAGUAAAGUUUAGUUCUUAUAAGUUUAAGUCCGAAUCUCAUUAGAAAAAUACUUCUCAUGGAUAAUUCACUCUGUAUUUUUUAUGCCAGAAGAUAUGUGAAUUUACACGCACAAUAAAUGUGGGACCUAAGACGGCAAGUUAUUCGUGCACAUUCUAGUGCACUUUUAAAGUUUGAAUGUGAUGUUUAAUUCUAAUAAAAAAAUGCUAUUCCGAUGAAUCUCGGGGCUUCAAUAAAUAGUUUAAACCUAAGCUAAUAAAUUCCAAUAGUUUAAACCUAUCAAUUCAUUUGACCAGAGCUGGAUAAACGUUCCUCGGGGGAAUGCAAUGUCUUAGCGACUGGAAAUUGUAGAUAUGCAACUGCAAUUUCUAAUAGCAUAACAAUUAUCGGGAGUUAAGGUUUAUUUCAAACGCUUUUGAUCAAUCGUAUUUGUGUAAUUCUGUGUCCACUUUCGCUCAUAUUUGUUACUAAUCUCAUACCAGUAUUUUAUUUGAUUGUAAAAUAUAUUAUUUACUUAUAUUGCCGUCUUAUUGCUGUCGUGAUAGGUCAGACUGUGAUAUUCCAAGACACGAUUAAAGGUUAUCGAUGUGUGUUUUCACUGAAAAUCUGUAAAUUUACAUUUUAAUGUUUAGUAAUGGAUUUAAUUUUUGUACUUCUAUGUCUUAGAGGAUUUCUACUCAAUCGGCUCAUUGUUGUCUUUAAUUCUCGAUUCACUGAGACAGUGUGCGUACAAAUAUACGUAGAAGUUGAGAAGGUUUCCCUGCAUUACGUAUAAAUUUCCUAUAAGUCUAGGGUAUUUUUACGUAAAGUUUUGUUCGCUUAUAUGGUGUAGUGAAAAAAACUAAGGACAAAAGAUUUAGAAUUUUAUGUCUAUUCUUGGAAAUAAUUCUUUGAGAAAAUAUUUAUAUGACGGGUUAGAUAAGAAAUUGAAUUAUUUUUUUAUAGAUCAUUGUACUUUAUUAUCACAGUAACUACUCAUAGAGGCUGAUGAAUAUUCUACGUAGAAAAAUGUUCUGGAAUUUCCACGCAUCGUUUAUAAAUUUGUUAGGUUAAGUAAGUAAGCGUGCAUUAAGCACGGUCAAGUGCCUUGCACCGUUUCCUUACAUCCCAAAUCUAUUUACCAGGACAAAUUCAUUAGACCAUUUAGUAAAAUUUGAGUUGACGGUUA